CCACUAUGACUCCGAUUUGAUCACUUCCUAAGCUUUCACUUUCUUUUGUUUUAAGGGUUAUUCCCAAUGUCUUUCUUUACCUGUGUCGAAGACGACGCGACUUCCCAUUCCCGACUGACUGAUUAACACUCUUUCUUACCUGUAAUCCAAUUUCUCAAAAAGAUCCAGAAGAAGUUCGUUUCUUCGUCUUUUGCUUAACGGAGAAUCAAUCUGUUGAAUACAAACAAUCUGCCUCCGAAUCUGCCAAAACAAAAUUAAAAUUGUUGCAUCAUCAUAGUAAUAUCCUUCUUUGAAACGAGGAACAAACGAUCCUUCUUCUCCAAGACUCCGAUUAAUAGCUAUGCAACCCAGUAGUGGUGGUGGUAGUAGUAGAGAAAACCAGCAGCAGAAAGUACAUCCUCAUCCAAUGGAAGCUCCUACAGAUAACAAUAAUCCUCCUGAACCGGUAGCAAAUCUCAUCUCUAAGAUCUUCACCAAUAUCUCUUCUUUGAAGUCAGCUUACAUCAAACUCCAAGAAGCUCAUACACCUUACGAUCCCGAUAAGAUCCAAGCUGCUGAUAAACUCGUCAUUUCCGAACUCAAAAUUCUCUCUGAACUUAAGCAUUUAUACAGAGAGAACAAUCCUAAGUUGGUCUGUGUUUCUCCUCAAGACUCACGUUUAGCUGCUGAGAUCCAUGAACAACAAAACCUCUUGAAAACGUAUGAAGUCAUGGUUAAGAAGUUCCAAUCGGAGAUUCUGAACAAGGAUUCCGUGAUUAUUCAGCUUCAGCAGCAGAUCCAAGAGGCAAUGCAGAGGCGGGAAAAACUUGAGAAAAAUCUAAAGCUCAGGGGAUUAUCGGCAAAACAAUCUGAAUCUGAAUCUUCACUUUAUAAUAAUAAUAAUGAAGAUCAUGGAUCUCCUCUCACAGAUCUAACUCCUCAUCUCUUCAUUUCAGCUGUCGAUGCUGCUUCUAAAGCUAUUCAUGACUUCUCUAAGCCACUAAUUAACAUGAUGAAAGCGGCCGAUUGGGAUCUCGAUGCUGCGGCAAACUCGAUCGAGCCUGAUGUUGUUUACGCCAAACGAUCUCAUAAGAAAUAUGCUUUCGAGGCACAUAUCUGCCAAAGAAUGUUUAGUGGAUUUCAGAAAGAAAGCUUCUCUGUAAAAGAAGAAGAAGAAGAAGAAAUCAUCACCAAAGAUAAUUUCUUUCAGCAGUAUCUCGCAUUAAGAGAAAAGGAUCCUCUGGAUGCUGUAGGACUAAAUCCCAAUUCAAGUUUUGGGAAUUAUUGCAGGAACAAGUACCUACUAGUUGUUCAUCCGAAGAUGGAGGCUUCAUUUUUCGGGAACUUGGAUCAAAGAAACUAUAUAAUGGGAAGUGGUCAUCCUCAGACACCUUUCUAUCUGGUUUUUCUGAAAUUGGCAAAAGCAAUAUGGCUUCUACACAGAUUGGCUUAUUCUUUUGAACCAAGAAUCAAGAUCUUCCAAGUUAACAAAGGAAGUGAAUUCUCAGAUGUGUUUAUGGACAGCGUGGUAACGAACUUAGUCAUGGAUGAAAACGGUAAGAAACCAGAGGUUGGACUGAUGGUUUUGCCUGGCUUUUUGGUUGGCGGAAGCAUUAUCAGGAGCCGAGUGUACUUGAGUGGUAUGAAGCUUUGUUGAUUGAUUUAUAAGACCAAUUACAGUUGUGUGUAAUAUAUAGCUCUCUUUCAGUUUCACUACCUCUGUUUAACUAAUCUUCUGUAUAAUGGAUUGUUAAUUGGUAAUUUGUUUUCUCUUUUGAAUCUCCAUCA